AUGGCCUUUGCAACUCGAUUAUUUGUUGGGAAUCUACCAGAUAACUUAGAUGAAAAUGCUUUACGAGAGGCAUUUUCUUCAUACGGAAACAUAACCAAUUUUGAUUUGAAAAGUAAACCUGGUAUUGAAAAUGAUAAAAAGAAAUUUGCUUUCAUAACGAUAUCUGCAUCUAACUUCAAUAUUGAGUCAUGUAUCAAAUAUUUCUCAAAUGAAGAUUUUCAAGGAAAUAAGUUAUAUGUGACUAGAGCUCGUGAGAGUUUUUUGGAAAGAUUGCAAAGAGAGAGAGAACAAUCACAGAAAAAUGUACCUCAAAAGAUUGACCAUAUGGAAGUGGAGUCUGAGAGAUAUAAUACAAAUGGAAACAAUAAUUUUCAUAAAAGGGAAUUUGACCAAGAUUCUUUAGAUAACAAUUAUAGAAAAAAGAAACCAAAAGUAUCUGAAGAACCAAAACAUGUAUCAGAUAUUCACUUUAGCAAAAAAAUUAACUGUGAAGGAAAAGAUAAAAUAGAAAGUGUUAUUCCAGUUGAUGAAAAGAAACAAAACUCUGACAAGAAAAGAAUGGAAUCUAUGAAGAAAAAAAGGCAGGAGUUUAAUCAGAAAAAAAACAUAAUUAAAUCAGGCUUUAUUAGUAUAGACAAAAAACCAAAUAAGAAAGUAAUAUUUUCAGAUACAGAAGAUAACAUUACAGAAAACAAUGUCAUAUUUAAUGGUACCAAUAAAAAAGACAUAAAUAGUAAGACAAGUUUAUUUGAUGAUGAAGCUAGUGAUGAUGAAAUAAAUUUUGAAAUUAAAGAACAAUAUGAAGGCAAGAAAGGUCAAAAAGUUUUAGACUUGCAGUCAAUGUACAAAGCAGACAAACGUUUUGUACUGGAUGAAAGGUUUGUAGAAGAUGAAGAGAAUACAGAUGAACAAGAAAAAGUAGAAUUAGAGCAGGCAGAUGAAAAGUCUAAGCAACUUAAUAUAUUACAAGAUGUUCUUGGCAUCCCUAUCAGAAUGAAACCAGCUGAAUCUACUGUUAAAGCCAAGGCAAAGUUCGGUAUGCUAAGAUUUGAUCCUAUGCAACCAGAACAUGCUAAAUAUUUGGCACCUGUAGAAAUGAAACCAGAAUCCACAAAAAAAUCAAAAAAGAAAAAAGAUAAAGAGCCUAUAGUAGAAGAACAAGUUGCUGUGCCAGAGCCAGUAGUUGAAAAAGUUGAAGUAUCCAAAGAACAAUUUUACAAAAUAAGUGACUCUUUGAAAGAAGCUAUAACACAACCAAAUGAAUUCAGUUUGAGAAGUUUGUUUAGAAAAGAUGAUGUCCAAGAAGAAGCAGAUACACAACCAGCCCAAGACAAGGACUUUAUUUCAAUAACAGCUAAAAAGGAUCCAAAAGUAAAAAAUCCUUUAGACCCUGGUGAAAGGAAUCCCUUUGUGUAUGACUCUUCGGAAUCAGAGAAUGAGGAUGAUAAUGUACAAGAAACUGUUCAAGAAAAAGCUGAAACAAAAACAGUGUGGAGAGAAAAAUUAUUUUUCUCCACAGGUGAUGUUAGGUUAAAAGAUGGAUUGCUUUUCUUUGCUAAGAAAAACGAAAAUGAAGGACCCAAAGAGAGGAGGGAGCUGAAGUCAUUAAUGAAAAAGAGGAUAUACAAUAAAGAAAGAAAGAAUACUAUGUUCCAAAAGAAGAUUGGUGGUAGAAAGAAGAUGAUGAAAAGGAAAUUAAAAAAAAAU